GGGCUUGAAUUUGGCGGGAAACCAUGGCAAAGCUAAAUGUGUCCGCCGCGUCAGACCUGCAGCUCAGCAAACGACGUCGUAUUGGUGUUGAAGAAGAAGAAGAAGAAUUAGACCCUUUAUAUAUAAACCCUCAUCUUCACUGUUUAGGAUUAUCAGAAACAAUGAAAGCUUCGGAGUCCGGGGUUUCAACGGCGCCCAGCAACAAAGAGAAGAAGCCCAUCAAGCCUCAAUUCGUUCCGGCCAAAGAUGACAGCAAACCUGUGCUUCAAGACCCAAUUUUGAGGUCGGACCCGAUUGAGACAGAGGAAGCUGUGCUGAGAUUGCCUCCGUUUUCUCUGUGCCCAGAUCAUCAAGGAAGGGUUAACACCAAAAUGGGGUGAAAUUGCUAUUUACUUUUACUGGACUCUUGUUUUUACUGGUUGAAUGUUCAAUAUAGUUCAAGAGUUUCAAUUUCUACUGCAACCUAAUUUGUAUUUGGGGUUUGUUUAGAAGGCAUUGAACUAGUAUAUGUGUGUGUAAGUUGAUGAAAGCUGCAAUGGAGGCAUGAGUUUCUAUUAGAAUCUUGUGUAAACACAUUUUUUGCUACAAACCAUAUAACUAUUUGUGACUGGAGGCUGGUGCAUCCAAAUGAACAAUACUAGAUUGCUUUCGAUGCAGUUCUGAAGUAAUUUGAUUUUCCACAA